AUGGAGAAAAAUGGAAGUUCUUCUACUCUUAAUUUAAAAUCCUACAAACCCCCUCUUCCUUUUCCUAAAAGAUUUCUUAAGGAUAAGUUGGAUAAGCAAAUUACUAAAUUUCUAGAGGUGUUUCAAAAGUUGCAUAUUAACAAUCCUCUUGUUGAUGCUAUUUCUCAGAUGCCAAGUUAUGCCAAAUUUUUGAAGGAAAUAAUUUCAAACAAAAGAAAGUUGGAGGAGUUUGAGAUGGUAAAACUUAAUGAGGAAUGCUCAACAAUCCUACAAAAUAAAUUACCUCCAAAACUCAAGGAUGCAGGGAGCUUCUCUAUUCCAUGCACCAUUGGCGAAAUUAAUUUUGAUAAGGCUUUAUGUGAAGUUAGUGCAAGCAUUAAUUUGAUGCCUUUUUCUGUCUUCAGGAAGCUUGGGUUGAAAGAGCCAAUACCUACCGCUGUUUCUCUACAAUUGGCUGACAGAAGUGUCAAAUAUCCAAGGGGAGUAGUGGAAGAUGUUUUGGUAAAAGUAGAUAAAUUUAUUUUUCCUAUUGACUUCAUCAUUUUGGAUAUGGAAGAAGAUUAUGAUAUGCCCAUAAUUUUAGGGAGACCUUUUCUUGCCAUCGGAAGAGCUUUAAUUGAUGUCUAA